AUGGAUACAUAUGUUACGGUCGAGCAUUUACUGAAUAUCCACUUUUCAAGUUUACCUCUUGAGAAAAAUAUUGAAAUAAAAAAAGAAGGUAGGCCAAUGCCAAAUUUAAAUAUAAUACAAAUUAAGAAAACAAAGUCUAGAGAAUUUAAAAGAAGUUUUAAUAAAGACAUUUAUUCAAAACAUGAUUGGUUAUGUGGUUGUUCUAAAACGAACCGUUUGUUUUGUUUUCCUUGUAUACUUUUUUGUCGUACUUCUGGUGAUAAAAAUUGGUCACAAAACGGAAUAAAUGAUUUAGCUCAUUUGAACAAUAAAAUUAGUACACACAUAAAAUCAAGUUUACAUUUAAAUGCGCAUUUAAAUUUGAAACUUUUGGGUAAACAAGAUAUAAGGCAACAACUUUCAAAUGCAUUUAGGCUUAGUAUACAAAAACAUAAUGAAACUGUAACUAACAACCGUUAUAUUUUAUCUAAAAUUAUUGAUUGUAUUAAAUUUUGUGGUGCAUUUGAACUUGCUCUUCGAGGGCAUAAUGAGAAGUCAGAUUCUGAAAAUCCAGGAAUAUUUCGCGGACUUAUUAAUUUUAGUUCUGAAUUGGAUAACACUUUAAAAUUACACCUCGAACAGUCUACAGUAUUUAAAGGCCUUUCUAAAAUAAUUCAAAAUGAAAUGUUGGAAUGUAUGCUAUUUGUUAUUCGACAAAAUAUUAAAAACGAAAUAAAAAACGCUGAUUUCUUUUCUGUUAUAUCUGACGAAACGACAGAUGUAUCAGCACAAUUUCAAAUGUCCAUAAUAUUUCGUUAUAUUUUAUCCAAUGGUACGCCAGUUGAGAGAUUUUGGGGCUUUUUUAAUCCAUCUGGACAUGAUGCAAAGUCACUAUCAGAGUGCAUAAAAUAUAACUUAAAAGAAGUAACAGAAAACCACGACAAAUUAAUCUCGCAAAGUUAUGACGGAGCUGCUGUGAUGAGUGGUCGACUUUCCGGCGUUCAAAAACUUAUAAAAGAUGAAUAUAAAAAUGCACAUUUUGUUCAUUGUUAUGCCCACCAGUUAAAUUUAAUCUUAAGUCAAGCUACAAUGCACAACCGUGAUGUAAGAAUUUUUUUUUCCAACUUGACUGAUGUAACUAAUUUUUUUCUAAUUCUCCGCAAAGAGUUGCCGUUUUGGAUAAAGUUGUUAACCAUAGAAUCCCUCGAUCAUCAAAUACAAGAUGGAACUUCAAAAGCCGUAUUGUUAAUACUGUACACGAAAAUCUUGCAAAAACGGAAAAUUGACUCUAUCGAAGUGAAAAAUGCCAUUUCUCGAUUUGAAGAAAAUAUUCAAAAAGAAAGACAAAAUUUCGAUAAUUUUCAAAAUGAAAUGCCAGGUGAAGUAACUCAAUGUAGACCAAAAAGAAAACGUGAUGAUGAUACACUACUUUCUAGAAUUUGUGUUGCAAAAGAAGUCUGUGAUAUUCUUAUUGUCUGUGUUAAAGAUAGGUUCGAAUAUAAAGCUCAUUUAAACGCGUCUCUAUUAUUUAUGUCCACUGAAUUUCCUUUGUAUGAAAAAAGUUUUCCACAAACAUAUGUUGAUGAAACAAUUGAAGCUUACCCUUUUUUAAAUAAAAGUAAGCUUCAAACUGAAUUGGAACUUAUAUAUAAACGAACAGAUUUUCGUAGCGUAAUAGGUGCUGUUAAUUUACUACAGUUUAUUAUUGAUAACAACUUGGAACAAAUAUUUUCAGAAACAUUUAAACUUAUACGUAUUAUAGCAACAAUACCUAUGACAUCUGCAGAAGCAGAAAGAUCGUUUUCGACAUUGAAAAGGAUAAAAACAUUUCUUCGAAAUAGUAUGGCAGAAGAGCGAUUAACAGCAUUAGCGAUGUUAUCAAUUGAAAAGAAAAUGGUGAAACAAAUAUCAAAUUUUAAUGAAGAAGUCAUCAAAGUAUUCAUGAAGAAAAAAGACAGACGGAUCGAUUUGGAAUUCAAAAAUAUAACUACUAUUGAAGAAUUUCAAGAAAUUAAUUAA